CUCAGCCGCCAUCUGUUUUCUUCAACGACUCAAUUACCGCGCCAUGUGGAGAUAAUAUAAGCUUAGCUAAGCUGUCUGGUUGGGGUGAUUGGGUGAAGAUCAGAGAGACUGGUAUUUCUUUAUGCUGCUUUAGUUAGGUCUGCUCUAAUCAGCUUAUCACAAAUGGCUUAUGCUGCUGUAACUUCGCUUAAAGGAACACUCCACCUACACUUCUUGCAAUCACAACCGCGCUUGCCUCUAAAACACAAACAACAAAUAGUUUCUCUCCAUGAAAAUCUUGGUUUCCUCCAAGAAGUUCUUGAGAAAUCUGAGAUCGCUUAUGAUAAUUCAGCGAUGAAAGAUUUAGAGGCAGAGAUGAGAGAUGUAGCACUCAAAGCUGAAGACAGGAUUGAGAAGGAGUUGAGUAACAUAUACCUUCAGUCAAGCAGUAUAAAGGCUUGCCUCCUCAGGCUUCAUGGAAUCUUCAAGCAAGCAGUAAAACAGACUAAUUACCUCAAAAAGAAGUUGAUUAAGAUUCAAAGUAAAGACCAGUUUGCAAAGGGUCCAUCAAUCACUGGUCGGAUGCGACAAAGAGGACUACUCCUUGGUUCAACAUCAUCGCAGCCUGCUGAUCCACAACGCGAGAAUACUAUUGUCAGUAAAUUUUCCAAAACCGCUUCAAAGUUUGACAGUGAAAUGGUUGGAUGCGACAAGGAAUUCAAGACGAUAUUGGAUAAGCUCACGCAACAAUCAGCUGAGCAGCUCCAAGUUAUAUCAAUUGUUGGUAUGGGAGGAAUAGGCAAGACCACUUUAGCUCGGAAAAUCUACAAGGAUCCAUCAAUUACAUCUUAUUUUUACAAGAAAGCAUGGGUUACCGUAUCUCAAGAGUAUGACGUGGAACAAAUGCUCCAAUGCUUUAUUAAUUGUGUUAAUGCAGUAUCAAAUGAUAUACCCCAUGAACAAAGAAAUGACAAUUUAGCAAAAAGUCAGCGUAAACACUUGAAGGAUCAGAGAUAUUUGAUAGUGAUGGAUGAUAUAUGGAGCGCUACUGCUUGGGAUAGUGUGCAAAGAUGCUUUCCAAAUGAUAAUAAUGGAAGUCGUAUACUAUUGACUUCUCGGCUCAGGGAGGUGGCUGAAUAUGCAAGUUCAGGUAACUCUACCAUUAACAUGCCUUUCUUAGAUGCCAAUGAAAGUUGGAAUCUCUACUGCAAUGUGUUUGGUCAAACAGAAUUUCUUUCAGUGUUUGAGCAAAUUGGUAGAAACAUAGUGAAGAAAUGUAAUGGAUUACCUCUAGCUAUUAUUGUAAUAGCUAGUCUUCUAUCCAAGACAGAGGAGACAGUGGAGAAGUGGAAUAAUGUUGCAGAAAAUGUGAGUAGAUAUGUAACUAGUGAUUCUAAUGAUGCAUGUUCCAGAAUACUAUAUUUGAGUUACAACCAAUUACCACACCACUUAAAAGCUUGUUUUCUAUAUUUUGGGGUUUUCCCAGAAGACUAUGAGAUCCAUGUGAAGAAGUUGGCUAGGUUGUGGGCAGCAGAAGGAUUUUUGAGGGCAAAGGACCAUCCAAAUAUUGAGGAAGUGGCCAUGGAAUGCUUGCAAGAUCUUGUUGGUAGAAGUCUUGUUUUUGUUAGCAAACAGAGCUACGAUGGGAAAAUGAAGACAGUAAAAAUACAUGACUUGUUGCGUGAUUUGUGUUUGAGGGAAGCUCGACAUGAAAAUCUCUUGAAUGUCAUUGGAGAUGAAAAACUUUCAUUUUACAAGAAGAAAAUCUCUCAUCGUUGGAUAAGUGCAACAUCAAGGUUUCAUCAACUUUCUUUGAUAAAGUGCUUUCACAAAUCACAUUCCUUUCACUGUCCUGAAUAUUAUUAUUACUACUCCGGAUAUGGGGAACAUCUAUUUUCACACUUCAAACUACUAAGAGUAAUAGACAUAGUGUGUUACUCUUGUGGAUAUGAGGAACUACGUGGGCUUGCAAAUCUUAUUCAUUUGAGAUACUUCUCUUUGAGGUAUUCAGAAUAUAUGACUUUGCAUGGAAAUUCUCAUUUAGAGCUCUUUGAGCAUUGGAAUAUGCAAAGCUUUAUUGUUCGUAGAAAUACUGCUGCAUUCAAUUCCUUUGAGGCAUAUGGAAUUUGGAAAAUGCCACUAUUAAGAAAUUUUUGCAUUGAAUGGAUUGUUUCAUUAGGAACUUUGCCAGUUGUUCAUAGAAACUUAGAGAGUAUAUUUUGGUUGCAUCCUAAACUUUGUACAAAGGAUCUAUUUACAAGGAUUCCAAAUUUAAAAAAAUUGGGGAUUAACGGUGGACUUGAUGAAAACAAUCCAGAUUGGUUUUAUAAUUUUGUGCACUUGGAGCAGCUUGAGAAGCUAAGCAUCAGAAACUGGCAUUAUCUCAAUGGUAUUUCAUGUAGCGGCGGCAUCUCAUGGACAACUAGUUUUCUACCAAAUCUUAAGAAGCUCAAAUUUUUCUUUACUAGUUUGGCAUGGAGUGAUAUGAGGCUUAUUGGUAUGUUGCCAAAUCUAGAGGUUCUAAAACUGAUAAAUGCUAUUGCUUGGGAAUAUAAAAUGUGGAAACCAUCCGAUGAAGGGUUCCGUCAAUUGAAAAGAUUGGUAAUUGAAGAUAGAUAUUUGAAACUUUGGCGUGCGGUGGGUGAUCAUUUCCCCUUGCUAGAAUGUUUAGAGUUACGUGAAUGCAAGUAUUUGCAAGAGAUCCCUAGUGGUUUUGCUGAUAUCACCACACUAGCAUUGAUUCAAUUAAACGGGUGUUGGGAUUCCGUUCUGGCUUCCGCAAAGUUGAUUCAAGAAGAGCAAUAUAACAACUAUGGAAAUGCCCUCAUUGUUCGUUCGGAAAAUAUUAGGACGAAAGGUAGUGUAAACAGGUAAGAGGAAGAAUGGGAAGAGAGUGAUCUUUCUGAGGAUUAGGCAGAGUGGGUGAAGAGAGAGCAAAUGGAGCAAGUUAAGUCUACUGUUAUCCAUCAACAAUACUCAACUUUUCGUCUUUUUACUUACAAGAGAGAAGAAAUUGAGGAAGUCUCUUUGGGCAAAGAUGAUCUUAUUUUUACUGCUCUUAUUAGUAUCAUUAUCAUUAUUAUUAUUAUUAUUUUGAUAAUUUUUGUUUUUUUUUUCAAAAAUUGAUAGUGUAAAAAGAUAAAACUCGCAUUAAUACUAUCUCAAAAACAUUUUCUCUCC